GCAGGGAAACAUGAUGAAGAUUUAAAACAUGCUGUGAAUGUUUCUAAACCAGCGAUGAGACGAUGAAUGGUUGUGCUCUUCCUUGUAGGACUCUGCAAGUGAUCCACCCACGAUGCUGCAUCCUCCCCAGCACAGUCAACAUGCUCCACGCUCUCUCGUCCUCCUCGCCUGCAGGGUGGAUUAUUUGUCUGGACAAAAGACCGUCAGCGCGCUCGGGAGAAGAUGUGGACACAGUCCUGGCACAUCUACAAAACAUGAAGCUCUUUGAGAACUUUCACCCGCAUUUCCUGCAGCAGAUCUGCCUGUGUUGCUUCUAUGAAAGCUUGGAGAAAGGCAUCACAAUAUAUCGCCAGGGAGACAUUGGCACCAACUGGUAUGCUGUCCUCUCUGGUUCACUGGAUGUUCAAGUGUCAGAGACCUCCAGAUAUCAGGAUGCUGUUACCAUUUGCACACUGGGGGCCGGCACAGCAUUUGGGGAGUCCAUCCUGUAUGACACCCCCAGACAUGCGACCGUGGUCACGCGAGAGUUCAGUGAGCUGCUACGCGUUGAACAGAAGGCCUUCAGGACUUUGUGGGAGAAGUAUCAUCAGUGCAUGGCUGGAGUCCUCGCCCCACCCUAUGGUGUGAUGGAGGCGGGUGCUGACGGAAUGUCUGACCAAGAGGACAUAAGCAGCAACUCAUAUGUGUCUCCUUCCACACAUCAGAGUCAGAAGUCAUUGAUUGACUGUCCAGCCAGAGCCAACAAUCCCUGGAUCUCCCAGGUACCCUCUGAAAAGAUCUUGCAGGCAGGCAAGAUUCUCCGCAACGCCAUCCUCUCGACAUCCCCCCAUAUGAUCCGAGAUAGAAAGUACCAUCUGAAGACUUACAGGCAGUGUUGCGUGGGAAUCGAGCUGGUGGACUGGUUGUUGCAGCCCAGCUCAGGUGUGCACUCCCGCCUUCAAGCUGUGGGGAUGUGGCAGGUGCUGCUGGAGGAAGGCGUUCUCAGCCACGUGGACCAGGAGAUGAGCUUCCAAGACAAGUACUUUUUCUAUCGCUUCCUGGACGAUGAAGAGGACCAGCCUUCCGUGCCCAGCGAGGAUGAGAGCCAGGAGGAGCUCCAGGACACCCUGCUGCUCCUCAUGCAGAUGGGACCUGACGCCUACAUGAGGAUGAUCCUGAGGAAGCCCCCGGCGGAGAGAACGGAAGAUGAUUUGGAGAUCAUUUAUGAGGAAUUGCUUCACAUUAAGGCCUUAGCUCACCUUUCCACCACGGUGAAGAGAGAACUGAUGGGGGUGCUCAUAUUUGAGUCCCACGCCAAAGCAGGGACUCUGCUGUUCAGUCAAGGCGAGGAGGGUACAUCGUGGUACAUCGUCCUGAAGGGCUCGGUCAACGUCGUCAUUUAUGGAAAAGGCGUGGUCUGCACACUCCAUGAGGGGGACGACUUUGGGAAGCUGGCGCUGGUCAAUGAUGCCCCCCGUGCUGCCUCCAUUGUCCUAAGAGAGGACCACUGUCACUUCCUCAGAGUGAACAAGGACGACUUCAACAGGAUUUUAAGGGAUGUGGAGGCCAACACAGUGCGUCUUAAGGAGCAUGGUCAGGAUGUCCUGGUUUUAGAGAAGAGCCUCAGGAGCAGCCAAUCCUCCAUGCAGGGAGCUUCAUCCUCCCAUUACAUGUACAAGGUGAUGGCGGGGACACCAGAGAAGAUUCUGGAGCACCUGCUUGAGAGGAUGCGAAUGGAUUCUCAGUUCUCAGAGUCAGAUGCAGCCUUAGAUGACUUUGUGCUCAUGCACUGUGUCUUCAUGCCAAACACUCAACUCUGUCCAGCGUUAAUGGCUCACUACCAUGCCCGGGCCUCCCAGGGCUCGGAGCAGGAGAAGUGCGACUAUACCAUCAACCACAAGCGGCGUGUGAUCCGCUUGGUGGUGCAGUGGGCCGCCCUGCAUGGAGAUCAUCUGCAGGAGGACGACCUCCUGCUCGUCUUCCUAGAUGACUUUCUCAUGGCGGUCUCUAAUGAUGUCAAAGCACUUCUACCUCUAAAUGAUCAGCUAACGGAGCUGGAAAAAAUUGUAAAGUACAACACUGACGACGCUCAAACUUCACACGGAAAGCACAAAGUCCUCCUGCGACAGUUCAGCACAGGAGAGGACAAGCUGCAGAGGUGUCAGCCUAUCAAGAGCAAUGAUGAAAUUCUGUUCCAAGUGUUCUGCUGUGACCACACCUACAUCACCAUCCGCUCCGCCGUCGCCGCCUCAGUCAGGGAUGUGCUGGACGCUGUGGCGGACAAGCUGGGCUCAGCAGAGGACCUUCUUCUGGUCAGCCUCAGCUCGGCUGGAGACAAAGUGGUGUUCAAGCCCACCGACAUGUCCGUGUUCUCCACUCUCACCAUCAAUGGACGUCUCUUUGCCUGCCGGGAGGAUCAUCUGGAGUCUUUGACCCCCGUGCCUGAGCAGGAGGGUCCGUCUGCAGGCUCUCUGUCCAGCUUUGAGUGGAUGAGUUCCAAAGCUGUUGCCUACCAUUUGACCUUCUACGACUGGGAGCUUUUCAACUGUGUACACGAGCUGGAACUGAUCUACCACAUUUUUGGGAGACAACACUUGAAGAAAAGCACCGUGAACCUGGACCUGUUCCUGAGGAGGUUCAAUGAAAUUCAGUUUUGGGUGAUCACAGAGGUCUGCCUGUGUCCUCAGCUCAGCAAACGGGUGCAGCUUCUCAAGAAGUUCAUCAAGAUUGCCUCCCACUGCAAGGAUCACAGGAAUUUGAAUGCCUGCUUCGCUAUCGUCAUGGGGCUGAGCAACCCGGCUGUGAGCAGGCUGAGUCAGACCUGGGAGAAACUGCCUGGCAAAUUCAAGAAGUUCUAUGAAGAAUUUGAAAAUUUGAUGGAUCCGUCCAGGAACCAUCGAGGGUACAGACUGACCGUCGCCAAGCUGGAGCCUCCCGUCAUCCCUUUCAUGCCACUGCUGAUCAAAGAUAUGACGUUCACGCACGAGGGAAACAGGACAUUUAUUGACAAUCUGGUCAAUUUUGAGAAAAUGCGAAUGAUAGCCAACACAAUAAAGAUUGUCAGGUAUUGCAGAAGUCAGCCCUUCAGUCCGGAGUCCCCGCUGGCGAGCAAGAACCACUCUGAGGUGCGUCGCUACGUCCGCCACUUCAGCGUGAUCGACAACCAGAGGACGCUGACCCAGCUCUCUCAUGGACUGGAACCCCGCAGGUCUUGAUGGGGGUGCAGAAAGGGAAAGUCCACAGCUAGAACUGGAACACGGAACAGGGACUAUGGCUUUGAGGAGCCUGUCAGAGACCACAAGGUGCUUAUUGAAGUUUGUGUGACGACUGUAACUUUACACAACAGCAAGUCCAAGGAACUAUCUCUUCAGGACCUUGAUGUGUUCUUGUGUACUUCAGGUAUGUGACGCUUUAAACGUGCAGAGUCUCAAUAGUCCUGAUAGUCACUUGUUUAUCUUUGUAUGAACUAUUAUUUAUAAACCUGUCCACUGGUUCUGUGCUGUAAAUAAUACAUGGAUGUUUGUUUUCUCACUGGCAUGCA